AAAACAACUGCUUGAACAUGGUGUCAGUGACGAGUUGUGUUGUGAUUGCGAUGUUGGCGAGUGUUUUGGCGCCAUCCGUUGAUGGUGCGGCUGCCUACUGCCCAAGCCGGUGUGUGUGUGACGAUGUGAAGCUCCACGUGACCUGUGGUGAAGGUGAACUGGAUGUGCUCCCGAUCGCCCUGAAUCCCGCGAUCGAGCGGCUUGUGAUCAAGUUUAAUCGCAUCAAAGCGAUCGAUUCAUCGAUACAGUUCUACAGCGAUCUCACCAUGCUCGAUCUCAGCUACAACCAUCUGCUGGGCAUUCCGAAAAGCAUCUUCAUGUACCAGAAGCGGCUGCUCCAGCUGCACCUAAACAACAACAAGAUUGGAUCCGUCGGGAACAAAACGUUCGCCGGUAUGGACGAGCUGCGUGUGCUUAAUCUGCGCGGCAACUUUAUUGAGGAGGUGACCAAGGGGCUGUUCCGUGCGUUGCCCAAGCUGGAGGAGUUGAAUUUGGGCGAAAAUCAGAUCGCUUCGCUGCAUCCGGAGGCAUUUGAAGGAUUGACGCACUUGCGCAUACUGCAUCUGGAUGACAAUGCGAUCAACGUGAUUCCGACUCCAUCGUUCAGACCGUUGCGUUUGCUGGCCGAGCUGUACCUUGGCUUGAACACGCUGAACCAAAUACAACCCGGCUCGUUCGAGGGUAUGCAACAUUUGAGACGUUUGGAUGUGCGCGGCUCUAUGCUGGUGAAUCUUACGAUCGAUACAUUUCGUGGUCUGGAGAACGUACGAUCCUUGGACGUGUCCGAUAACCACCUGCAGAAAGUACCUACCGUGGCCCUGAGCAUUCUUACCCGCCUGGAAGAGCUUUCCAUUGGGCAGAACGAUUUCGAAAUGAUUCCCGAAGGUGCUUUCUUCGGACUUUCCAACCUGCGCAAAGUGUCCAUCGCCGGUGCUCUCAACCUGCAGCGUAUCCAAUCAGGAGCGUUUGCCUCCAACACCAACCUGGACACGAUCGUGAUCGCUUCCAACCGUAUGCUGGCGGAGCUGGAUGAAGGAGCGUUCUCGGGGCUGCCACACAUUGAGAACGUUAUUCUGCGCGACAAUGCGAUCCGUACGUUCCGCGAGGAACUGCUGCCGUGGAAACAACUGCGCAACUUUGACAUUUCGGGCAAUCCGCUCGUCUGCAACUGUCACAUGCGCUGGAUGAAGGAUCUGCUACGCGAGAAGCCGAUCGAAACGGAACAGAGCCGUGUGAUCUGUCAGUACCCGGACCGGUUCGCUGGUGAAACACUGCGUGAAAUCAGUUCCGAGAUGUUGGGCUGUCAUCAGCGUCAAUCGAAGGACCGUGCGGUCGUGGGAGUGGUGCUGGUGGCUUCAGCCGCAUCGCUGACAACGUUCAUCCUGGUCGCUUACCGAUUGCGCCAUCGCUUGGUCGACGUUCUUGGACCGAGCUGGCAUAACAAGCGCAACUCGCUCAAGGAGGAAAAGGAUCUAGAGUUUGUGAAAUCCUUCCCGGAGAUCGAGUACCAUCAGCCAAACUUUAACAUCUACACCUGCAACUACCAGCAGAUGUACCACCAGAAGCCUCCGUGUCCGCCACAGUUCCAGCACCACAUCUACGAGACGCCUAUCCCUGUGUCCGAUCUGUAA